AUGCCCUAUUUCAAAUUUGUAGCUUCCUUCAUCACCUCGCUUGAUAAAACUUCACGAGAAUACGAAACCUUAGGAUCAGUUAAUAACGACUGCAUGUUGCUCUACAACUCUUUCUCGAAAUUAUCUUUAAAAUUUUUUUAUAGAGUUACCAACGUUGGAGUAAUAGAAUGCAAGAAUUCGGAAAUCAGCAAAAAUAGAUCACCAGUUUCGGCAUUUCAAAAUCACUCCACUGCUGCCAAAUUUUUCUUCCGCCGGUGGCUUUAUAUACCAAACGACCUCAAAAACAACACUAACAACAACUACAACAUUAACAACAACUACAACAUUAACAACAACUACAACAUUAACAACAACUACAACAUUAACAACAACAUCAACAACAACACAACAGCAUCAUCAACCCAGCAACACCACUACGGCGACAACAAAUGGACGAAGAUGACCACAACUUUAUCACCGACCGGACACAACACAGCAAACACACGUCCAAUCCUGACCUCAGAACAUGAACCUGCAUUGAAAGACAAUAAACAACGACACUUCACACGGUCGACAACACAACAGUACAACAACACAGUUAGACAACAACACAACAGUGCAACAACACAGUUAAACAACAACACAACAGUACAACAACACAGUUAG